AUGAACUAUGGCCAUAGCGAGGAUGACCUCGACAACGAUUACACAGGCAGUGGGGAUGAACAAAGUGGUGAGGACCGAUAUGCCAACAGUGAAAGCAAUGAGAGCGACGAAGCUCCCGAUGAUGCGUCAGCAAAUGACACGGAUGGUGAGCUUAGUGACAGUGUGAUUAGCGAAGAUCUUUCGAUGUCACCAAGCGAUGAUGACGAGGAAGAGGAGGACGAGGAAGAUGAAGAGCUCGAGACAGGUAGCAUGGGAAGCGAUGUUAGUGGUUCAGACCAAGAGGAGGAUGAGGAGGAUGGAGAACUUGAAACAGGUAGCAUGGAAAGCGAUGUUAGUGACUCAGACCAAGAGGAAGAUGAAGAAGUGAAUGACACGGAAAGUGAGGAUAUGAGCUCAGAUGGAGAGGCAGGAACGAUUGACGAAGAGAUCAUCGACUUGGGCAGCGAAGAGAGCAACUCGUAUAGUGAAGCAUAUGAUUCGAAUGGAGAGGGCGCUGAGGUAGAUACCGCAAUAGAUUCGGUGGGGUACAGCGGCAUGUGCAGCAAUGACAGCACUACACAUCACGAGCAAGGCGACGUCUUGACGAGUACGCGGAGUGCCCCGGGAGGGUGGGUGCAGUCUAAAGAAGGACAGGAUUCCGCACCUAUCCACCAUCACAGCACCUACCAAGCUUAUCAACCCAACAACACCCAUCAAUCUACGAACAACCAUCAAGCAACCAACAAUUAUCAGCUGACGAACACCCACCCGUCAUACACCGACAAUCAUAAGACCAGCAACUCUCAGACGACCGUUCAGAGCCGAAAGAAAGUUCCAAGACGUCUCCCUGAAGUACAAACUGUGCUCGAUGCGUCGAAUCUCAAUCGCAGCAAUACGCCAGCUGGCGUGCAAAAGCUCGCGCGCCCAAAUGAAGUGGCGUCCAAGAAAUCCAAAGACAACGCCCGCAGAACCAACGAUGCUCAUCUCUCGCACCGUACCAAACCCAAUCACGGACACGCUGAACUACCAUUCGAAACCAAGCAUCCUCGAAUAUCGAAAAAUCUUGGGAAGUCGAAAGCCGGCAACGAAAUCAGUAUGGCUGACGAGCUCUUCCUUCCGGUCAUAUCAACUCAAUCUACCAAAAGCAACCAAAAGCCCAAAACAACAAACCGCUCUCCUCUCAUGCACGAGACGGAAAGAACGCCUGUAGCAACUGCAAGUCACAUACCCAGCAAGAAAAAGCGAAAGCCUCCGGUCCUUGAGAUGGAGGGAUAUGCAAUCCAAGUCCCCACCAACACCAAACAGCAAUCCAACAGCAAGGCCAGCGGUAGGAAGUUGUCCAAGAACGACGCACUUUGCUCUCAUAUACAAUCGCCCAUAUUCACCAGCGACACGGAAGAACCCCGUGUACCUACUGGCUUCUCUAACCCCCCAAAGGUUCUCCUGAAUGGCAUCUUCGCCGGAGUGAUGAUGCAGAGGCGUAAGUCUACAGCGAGUAUAUUUGAUCACGACGCGCACACAAUCAUCGGCUUUAGUCUCACGAAUGAGCGCGGAAAGCGGUACAAGGAGGCUGGGAUGAAGAAGUACAAGACGGCUAAAGGUGGUUUUACACUGUGGUGGAAGCCUUACUCGCCAUUGGCGGAUUACUUUGAUAGAGGAGACGAGUUUGAGUGA